GUAGAUAUUGUACGUGUUGUUUGGAGGGGCAGAAGAAGGACAGAUGUGACAUCUCCAUCACACCAGCUGCUACUGCAAAACAAAACAGCCUCUCAUAAAGAUGCACAGUAGGAGCCAUAAACACAGUAAAUGAUCACUUUGGCGGAAAUCUACAAGUGACAUCAUGAAUUUGGUCCGUCUUGUGUGUCGUCAUAAGACAGCCCUGGCACUCUGUGUCCUCUUCCUAUUCGCCGUCGUCCUUUUGUUCCUCGCCAAAUGUACGUCUGAGACGCUGAAGCCGGCUGAGUCCCCAGGGGUGGCGCCGCGGGCCGAGUCCCGUCAGAAGCAGCCGGCAGGGCCUCCCCGUGCCAGAGAGCUCUCGGCGUUCCUGGUCGUCCUCAUCACCACGGGGCCAAAGUACACCGAGCGCCGCAGUAUUCUCCGGAGCACCUGGCUGACCAAGCAGGAUCCCGAAGUGCUGUACUGGUUUGUCGUCGGCACAGAGGGUCUACCUGCCGAAGACCUCCAGAACAUCGGGACCGAGCAGGUCCGUCACCAUGACCUCCUCUUGCUCCCUGACCUCAGAGAUUCGUACGAGAACCUCACGCAGAAACUGCUGCACAUGUACUCGUGGUUGGACCAAAACGUGGACUUUAAGUUUGUCCUGAAGGCCGACGAUGACACCUUUGCCCGCUUGGAUCUCCUCAAAGAGGAGCUGAAGACCAAGGAGCCCAGUCGCCUCUACUGGGGCUUCUUCUCUGGACGCGGGCGAGUGAAAACGGCCGGGAAAUGGAAAGAAAGUACUUGGGAUCUGUGCGACUACUACUUACCGUAUGCUCUGGGUGGGGGCUACGUGCUCUCCGCCGACCUCGUGCACUACGUCCAUCUCAAUGCGGGGUUUCUAAAGAUCUGGCAGAGUGAGGACGUAUCCUUGGGUGCGUGGUUGGCCCCCGUGGACGUGAAGCGGCUUCACGAUCCACGCUUCGACACGGAGUACAAGUCGCGCGGAUGCAGCAAUAAGUACCUGGUCACACACAAGCAGAGCUUAGAGGACAUGUUGGAGAAGCAUCAGACACUACAGCGAGAUGGGCACCUGUGCAAAGAGGAGGUCAAACUGAGGCUGUCCUAUGUUUACGACUGGAGCGUCCCACCUUCCCAGUGUUGCCAGCGGAAGGAUGGCAUCCCCUGACUCUGACACCCGUGAUCUUGUGCGUUUUUUUUUUCCCACUUGCUGUUU